AUGGAGGAGGCCAAAUCAACGGAUGGUGUGUAUGCACGGGCACUGUCAGCCAGUGUUAAGAGUGAGUGUCCAGCAAGGAGAAUUAGCAUGAGCCCAGUACUUCUGUGACAUACUGCCUCUCCCAUAAGCCUGUCAUGAUGCAGAUCACACACACACACACACACACAAACACACACACACAGAAAGACUACCUCAAUCUCACACACUCAUCCCCCAACACACAUCAAAUUAAAUAAAAUUGUAUUUGUUACAUGCGCCGAAUACAACAGGUGUAGACCUUACAGUGAAAUCAUGACUUACACGCCCUUAACCAACAACGCAGUUUUAAGAAAAAUAAGUGUUAAGUAAAAAAUUGAUAACUAAAAAAUAAUUAGAGCAGCAGUAAAAUAACAGUAGGGAGGUUAUAUACAGGGGGUACCGGUACAGAGUCAAUGUGCGGGGACACAGGUUAGUCGAGGUAAUUGAGGUAAUAUGUACAUGUAGGUAGAGUUAAAGUGACUAUGCAUAUAUAAUAAACAGAGAGUAUCAGCAGCAAAUAGUCUGGGUAGCCAUUUGAUUAGCUGUUCAGGAAUCUUAUGGCUUGGGGGUAGAAGCUGUUAAGAAGCCUUUUGGACCUAAAUUUGGUGCUCCGUUACUGCUUGCCGUGCGGUAGCAGAGAGAACAGUCUAUGACUAGGGUGGCUGGAGUCUUUGACAAUUCUUAGGGCCUUCCUCUGACACUGCCUGGUAUAGAGGUCCUGGAUGCCAGGAAGCUUGGCCUCGGUGAUGUACUGGGCCGUACGCACUAACCUCUGUAGUGCCUUGGGUCGGAGGCCGAGCAGUUGCCAUUCCAGGCAGUGAUGCAUCAGUCAGGAUGCUCUCGAUGGUGCAGCUGUAUAACUUUUUGAGGAUCUGAGGACCCAUGCCAAAUCUUUUCAGUCUCCUGAGGGGGAAUAGGCUUUGUCGUGCCCUCUUCACGACUGUCUUGGUGUGUUUGGACCAUGAUAGUUUGUUGGUGAUGUGGACACCAAGGAACUUGAAGCUCUCAACCUGCUCCACUACAGCCCCGUCGAUGAGAAUGGGGGCGUGCUCGGUCCUCUUUUUCCUGCAGUCCACAAUCAUCUCCUUUGUCUUGAUCACGUUGAGGGAGAGGUUGUUAUCUUGGCACCACACGGCCAAGUCUCUGACCUCCUUCCAAUAGGCUGUCUCAUCGUUGUCGGUGAUCAGGCCUACCACUGUUGGGUCGUCGGCAAACUUAAUGAUGGUGUUGGAGUCGUGCCUGGCCAUGAAGUCAUGGGUGAGCAGGGAGUUCAGGAGGGGACUGAGCACGCACCCCUGAUGGGCCCCCGUGUUGAGGAUCAGCAUGGCAGAUGUGUUGUUACCUACCCUUACCACCUGGGGGCGGCCCGUCAGGAAGUCCAGGAUCCAGUUGCAGAGGGAGGUGUUUAGUCCCAGGGACCUUAGCUUAGUGAUGAACUUUGAGGGCACUAUGGUGUUGAACGCUGUGCUGUAGUCAAUGAAUAGCAUUCUCACGUAGGUGUUCCUUUUGUCCAGGUGGGAAAGGGCAGUGUAGAGUGCAAUAGAUAUUGCAUCAUCUGUGGAUCUGUUGGGGCGCUAAGAAGCUAAGAAUCAAAGAGCAACUGAAGUACUCUACUCCAAACCAUGUUCAAACCAAUUUUUCUCAAUGAGAUGAUUAAUCCCCACUUGGAAUCCUGGAAUCCUGUUAGAUAGGACCUUUAACGUCGCUGUGGCUGUCCCAUAUUGAACCAAAUUAUAGUGCCAGUGCACCACAGAUUAUAGUAAACUCCCAUGUGGACCUCUUCAACAUCAUGCAAGGCAAGCCACACGGUGACCACACAGCAAGGCAAGCCACAAGGUGACGCACCCUAAAUGGGAUCAGGAGGGUAAGGUCUGAUUUCUGUGUCUAGAAAGGCACUGAUUUAGGUUAAAUCCAUUGAUUUCAGUUUUUAUAAAAUAAUACUCAGAGCUUUUUAAUGUUUGGUGUCCAUAUUAGGACACUCUAUUCUCCACAGCAAUACUGUAAUUCUGUGUUAACUUGCUCGGCGAAUACCAGUCUCCUGUCAUAGGACUUGGCUGUGUUGUCUUAUUGUUAAAUGUUUUCUGAUUGGCCAAGGCCUUUGCUCUGGUGCCAGGGGGAGAUAUUUUGGGCCCUCUGAUUGGCUGCGAUACCUCAAGGAAGCUCUGUGCAUCCAAUAGCAGUGUUACCUCCAGGAUCCAGCAGCUUGGGGCUAGAGAGGCAGGGGAGAUUAGAAGAUUCUGGAGCAUAGUAGUGCAGCGCUGUAGCAGCAGUACAACAUGGCUGGCCUAUAUAUAGGCCUGGCACUGCCUGCAUCCUGAGACUGACAGCACAGCACAGCACAGAGAGGAUCCAGGUUAGAAGAGUGUAGUGGUGUAGUGGUGUAGCAGCAGUACAACAUGGCUGGCCUAUAUAUAGGCCUGGCACUGCCUGCAUCCUGAGACUCACAGCACAGCACAGCACAGCACAGAGAGGAUCCAGGUUAGAAGAGUGUAGUGGUGUAGUGGUGUAGCAGCAGUAUAGCACAGCAUGGCUGGCCUAUAUAUAGGCCUGGCACUGCCUGCAUCCUGAGACUCACAGCACAGCACAGCACAGAGAGGAUCCAGGUUAGAAGAGUGUAGUGGUGUAGUGGUGUAGCAGCAGUACAACAUGGCUGGCCUAUAUAUAGGCCUGGCACUGCCUGCAUCCUGAGACUGACAGCACAGCACAGCACAGAGAGGAUCCAGGUUAGAAGAGUGUAGUGGUGUAGUGGUGUAGCAGCAGUAUAGCACAACAUGGCUGGCCUAUAUAUAGGCCUGGCACUGCCUGCAUCCUGAGACUGACAGCACAGCACAGCACAUAUAGGAUCCAGGUUAGAAGAGUGUAGUGGUGUAGUGGUGUAGCAGCAGUAUAGCACAGCAUGGCUGGCCUAUAUAUAGGCCUGGCACUGCCUGCAUCCUGAGACUCACAGCACAGCACAAUGAGGAUCCAGGUUAGAAGAGUGUAGUGGUGUAGUGGUGUAGCAGCAGUACAACAUGGCUGGCCUAUAUAUAGGCCUGGCACUGCCUGCAUCCUGAGACUGACAGCACAGCACAGAGAGGAUCCAGGUUAGAAGAGUGUAGUGGUGUAGUGGUGUAGCAGCAGUAUAGCACAGCAUGGCUGGCCUAUAUAUAGGCCUGGCACUGCCUGCAUCCUGAGACUCACAGCACAGCACAGAGAGUAGCGGGAAAACAACAUGCAAACAGGAAUAGGAACAAACACAUGGCACGGAUGAUAGUCGAGAGUCGUAGUGUUUACCCACAUGGAAAAGAUGCAUAAAAAAUCCUAUAAGAUUCUUACAUUAAAUUCUCAUAUGGCAGACACAUAUAUGAUUCAUGAUAGAUUAUUGUAAUAUCUGACUUAUAAGACAAAUGGCAGAACAUACACAUUUGCUAUUUAAGCUUCAUAAAUAAUUUUCAUAUGAGCACACACACACACGUACACAUGUAUGCACAUACAAACAAACACACACACACACACACUAUAAAACAUUUGUAGUUGAGUCAACUUAAAAAAUCAAGGCAACUAGCUGCAAUAUUUCAUGUCCUUUCAACUUAAAGAUGAAAGGAUAUUAUCAGCUGAACUAUACAUUUUAAGUUGGAUGUACAAUAUGGAAAUCAUUUUGUUAUUGACAGAUGGCUGCUAUAUUUAUUUUUAUUUUGGUUGAGACAGGUUGGUUUGGGUUGAGAGGGACUGACCCAGAUUCUUCCGGAUCCCCACCUCAAGUGUAGCUUCUUAAAGUAAUACCUCAAUAAAUGUUAAUCUUCAGUUCUGUUACAAAUGUCUCAAAUUAUCUAUGUAAAUUCAGAGAGUGACUGCUAAAAAGUAUUGAAUAUAUCCACCCACGGAUUAUACCUGUCAAGCUGUCUUCUACCCAGAGACCCUGAGAGAUAAAUAGAGAGAGACAGGCCAUUUAAGAAAGAACAAAAAGAGUGAGAGAGCAUUGUCAGAGGGAGAAAGAUAGACAGUGUUGAGAAUAGAGGAAGAGACACAAAGAGAGAGGGAGGCAGUGUGUGUGUGUGUGUGUGUGUGUGUGUGUGUGUGUGUGUGUGUGUGUGUGUGUGUGUGUGUGUGUGUGUGUGUGUGUGUGUGUGUGUGUGUGUGUGUGUGUGUGUGUGUGUGUGUGUGAGUGUGUGUGUGUGCAUGCGUCUGUGUGUGUGUGUUCGGUGUAUCAGAGAGCCAGGGAGAUGUGGAGAGAGAAAACAGACAGCAUUUGUAUUUGUAUUUAUAAUGGAUCCCCGUUAGCUGCUGCUCUUUCUGGGGUCCAGCAAAAUUAAGACAGUUAUAUAAAAAAAUGUAAACAUUACAAUACAUUUCACAACCGAUUUCACAACACAUUAAGUGUGUGCCCUCAGGCCACUACUCUACUACCACAUAUCUACAACACAAAAUCCAUGUGUACGUGUGUGUAUAGUGUGUAUGUUAUCAUGUGUGUGCUGUGGGAUUGAGGCAGCAUGGAGGAGGCAAGACCAACGGGUGGUGUGUGUGCCCAGGCGCUGUCAGCCAUUGUUAGGAGUGUGUGUCCAGCAAGGGGAAUUAGCAUGAUCCCAGAACUUCUGUGACACACUGCCUCUCCCAUACGCCUAUCUUGAUGCAGAUCACACACACACAUGCUCCUGACCAAUUGUGCUAUUUUGUGUGUUAUUUCUUUGUGCUGAUCUUAACUUUUUUUGUAGAUAAUGUUGUUUCCUAAGACCAAAAAGAGCUUCUGGACAUCAGAACAGCGAUCACUAUCCUCUGGAAUCUGGAAACCCACCGGGUGAAGUGGUCGGGGCUCUUCUCUCUCGCUCCCCGACCACCCCUUUAGCCCCCCCCAAAAACAUUUAUUGGGGCUGGUUCUCGGGCUUCCUCCUCGGCCGGCUUCUGUGUUGCCGUUGCUCCUCUCCUGCCUGGGCUUCCUUCUUUGCCCAGGGUCCUUUUCCCGCAAAUAUCUCCUCCUAAGACCAAAUCUUCCCCACCUGUGUCCAGGGUGUUUGCUCCUGGGCACGCUGCUUGGUCCGUGUUUGGUGGGAUCUUCUGUCACGUUCGUUUAAGGACGGGUCAGACCAAGGCGCAGCGUGAAAUGCGUACAUGUUUAUUUAACUGAUAAACACACGACAAAACAAUAAACAAACAAAACGUGAAGUCCUAAGGUUGAACACACAACAAACCUAUACACGGAACAAGAUCCCACAACUAACGAGUGCCAAUAGGCUGCCUAAGUAUGAUCCCCAAUCAGAGACAACAAGCGACAGCUGUCUCUGAUUGGGAAUCACACCCGGCCAAACAUAGACAUACAAUCCUAGAAUGACAACUUAGAAAACACAACAUAGAACACCACACCCUGACUCAACAUACCAGAGUCCCAUAAGUCAGGGCGUGACAAUAACUCUAUCCUCCUGAUUUCUGCUUACAAGCAAAAACUCAAACAGGAAGUACCAGUAUAAAAACUCAAUACGGAAGUGGUCCGAUGAAACGGAUGCUAAGCUACAGGACUGUUUGGCUAGCACAGACUGUAAUAUUUUCCGCAAUUCAUCCGAUGGAAUCCGAUGGAGUUUACCACAUUAGUCAUCGGCUUCAUUAAUAAGUGCAUCAACGUUGUCGUCCCCACAGCAACCGUAUGUACAUAUCCCAACCAGAAGCCAUGGAUUACAGACAAAUCUGCAACACUGAACCAUGCAUGAAAGCACCAGCUGUUACGGACGACUGUGUGAUCACUUUCUCCGUUGCCGAUGUGAGUAAGACCUUUAAACAGGUUAACAUUCACAAGGCUGCAGGGCCAGACGGAUUACCAGGACGCAUACUCAGAGCAUGCAUUGACCAGUUAGCAAGUGUCUUCACUGACAUUUUCAACCUCUCCUUGACCCAGUCUGUAAUACCUACAUGGUUCAAGCAGACCACCAUUGUCCCUGUGCCGAAGAACGCCAAGGUGCUCAAUGAACAGCAUGCUCAAUGAACAGCAUUCUCACGUAGGUGUUCCUUUUGUCCAGGUGGGAAAGGGCAGUGUGGAGUGCAAUAGAGAUUACGUCAUCUGUGGAGCUGUUGGAGUGGUAUGUUAAUUGGAGUGGGUCCAGGGUGUUUGGGAUGAUGGUGUUGAUGUGAGCUGUGACCAGCCUUAUAAAGCAUUUGAUGGCUACAGAUUUGAGUGCUACGGGGCGACAUGGCAACACUAAAACACUCUCUCUCUCUCUCCCUCUCUCUCUCUCUCUCUCCUGCUCUGGCUGGCCAAUGGGCCGUGCUCAAGAAGGUUAUUUACGGCUCAUACUCUUGCCAGUGAAUAUAAUUGAAAAGCUUUCAUCUGCUAGCAAAGCAAUUUCCUUAAUGCCUUUAGCACACAUGAUGGAUGUGAUGAAAGUGGUGGCAAAUGGACAGGCUGUGAGCGCAGGGCGCAGGGUAUAAAAAGACAGCCCAGCCACCCAGCAGAGGACAGGAACAGAGGGAGGAUGACGGGCGGGCGGAGAAAGGAGAAAGCAUGAGGAGAAUAAGCAUGCAGAAAUGGACAGUGUAGAAGAGAAGGGAUGAACGGAACAGGACACCAUGAUCUGGCUGGUGUAGGGUGCUAGACCAUUCAACCUGAGGAGUUGUACAGAGAUAAUAGGCCAUCUGGCAUUGCUAUAGCUUCCUCUUGACACAAUGUACACAACCUUAGACAUCUGCUAAAUGUUUGCUAGUAUGACCUCCUCCCUUCCUCGCUACACCCCUCUACACCCAACAGUAUUCAUCUUUACAGUGACACCCUGUGGUCAUAACAUACUGCAGUACCUGUACAUUCCAAAAGACCCCAGGACUCCAUAGGGACCUGUGCUUUGUUGAUCUGAGAGGUGCCCUGAUUGAAGAUCUGAUCCUUUCUUAUCAACAUACAUUUGUAUUUGUAUUUCUUUGGGUUGAUUUCAAAUGUAUUUAGUCAGGGAAGUCAAAUUAAAACCCUUUUAUUUUUAUUUUUUUAUGACUCCUGCACAACAUACAAAAUAAAAAAACACUUACAUCAAUACAAAAUAAAUACACUCUUGAAGUAAAUACUAACCUUUGCUUAGACAGGGAAGUCAUAUUGAGAGACCCAGGACUAUUUUUCAAAUGACCCAUGCACAACAUAUAAAAUACAAAACACACACAUCAAAUACAAUGUAUACACUAGGGAAGUAAAUACAACAUACAAAAUACACAGAAUCAAUCAAACAAUCAUGGCAUGUGCAGUCCUCUAUGAGCAGGUCUCCAACCAAAGUCUUAAAACAACCAUAGGGGAAUAGGUUUUCAAUUUACCCAGGAGUUCAUUCCAUGUCUGAGGGGCAUAUAAUCCAAAUGCAGUUUUCCCUAUUUCUGAUGAGGUAUGGAGGACAUCAAGAACAAGCCAGUUCUGUGAGCAUGUCUAUGGCUGUGUUUACACAGGAAGCCCAAUUCAGAUGUUAUGCUAAUUAUUUCCAUAUCUGACACCUAUCUGAUCUUUUCACUAAUGGGUAAACAGAAGAGAAAAAAACAUAUGGAAUCUAAUCUUUUGACUUCAAAAGUAUACCACAUCCAUAUAUGGAUCUCAAUCCUGAUACAAUUCUGAUGUUCCAUAUGUGACCUCAGUCUGGAUCAGAUGUUUUUGCUGUGAAGUGGCUUUUUUGCAAAUGAUCUGCCACUACUACAGCAAGCACCCAAGAUUUAAAGGAACAGUGACAGGAAAUGAGCAUUCCAUCUGUAUGCUACUUCAGAGGCUACAUCAGUGUGAAUGCGCAAAUCUGAUAUGGGUCACAUGUAAAACUGAGUGUGGACAGUCAUAAAUAAAGAUUGGAUAUGAAACAAAAAUCUGAAUUAGGUUCUUAGUGUGGCUGUAUAAACACAGGUGGUAUGUCUCCAAUUAAGAAGGGAUGUGAGAUAGGUAGCCCAAUUCUGAUCUUUUCCCAGUUAUUGGUCUUUUGACAGCUCUUUCUACAAUAAUUGGGGAAAAGAUCAGAAUUGGGCUGCCUGUGUAAACGCAGCCACAGGGAGUUUCUGUAAAACUGCCUUAUACAGAAAUGGAAACCAGGCGAGCCUAGAUUUUUAUAUAAAAUACAAUAGUGGGUGCGAAACCAGUAAUAACAGGAAGGGCACUAUGGUACACUGAGUCCAGAGGUUUUAGUGUAGUGGUGGCAACAUGCAUGUAUAUUGCCUUUUCAAAACAACCCUCUCCCUCCCAGGUGAGGCCAAGACCAGGAGCCACAGUACAGAACCUCUGUCCAGGCACGAGAGCAAAGCUCACCACGGAGGCAGCCAGGAGUCUCCCAAAUCCCAGGAGUGGGAUGGGCCCUCCGGACAUUCAUCCACCCCCACUGCCACGCCCAGCCGCCUGGGACGCUCUUCUGUCAGCCCCACCAUGAUGCUGGGGAGUGGGGGCACAGGUGAGGUCCUCUGCCUGGAGUUACACACAAUUUGUUUUUAAUGACAGAAAUGAAAUGUUUCGAUAUUGAUUGGUUUUGAAUGAAGUGGAAAUAGUGAAAUAUUAUUUGUCUUCCAAUGUUGGAGCCUAUAGUGUUCGAUUGGUAAGCGCUAAUAGUUUAGAAGACACAUGUCUACAAAAUGUAUUGGUAUGACAUCCAAGAAUUAUAAGUGGGCUAUAUGGGUGCACGUCUUUUUAAACAGAAAAAAAUGCAUAAUGUCAAGGUAGGAUAAAUUAUUCAGAUAUGAUGAAAGAAAUUAAUGUUACAUCAUAAAAUUAUAAUGUGUACAGAAUGUGGCUCAUAUUCCUUGAUACAGUGGAUUCAGAAAGCAUUCAGACCCGUUGACUUUUUCCAUAUUUUGUUACGUUACAGCCUUAUUCUAAAAUUGAUUAAAUUGUUUAAUGACAAAUAAUGACAAAGCAAAAAUACAUUUUUGCUAAUUAAAAAUGAAUAAAAAACAAAAAUUGACAUAAGUACUUAGACCCUCUACUCAGUAUUUUUUGAAGAACCUUUGGCAGCGAUUACAGCCUUGAGUCUUCUUGGGUAUGACGCUACAAGCAUGGUACACCUGUAUUUGGGGAGUUUCUCCAAUUCUUCUCUGUAGAUCCUCUCAAGCUCUGUCAGGUUGGAUGGGGAGUGUCACUGCACAGCAAUUUUCAGGUCUCUCCAGAGAUGUUUGAUCGGGUUCAAGUCCAGGCUCUGGCUGGGCCACUCAAGGACAUUCAGAGACUUGUCCCGAAGCCACUCAUGCGUUGUCUUGGCUGUGUGCUUAGGGUCGUUGUCCUGUCGGAAGGUGAACCUUCACCCCAGUCUGAGGUCCUGAGCGCUCUGGAGCAGGUUUUCAUCAAGGAUCUCUCUGUGCUUUGCUCCCUCCCAGUCCCUGCCACUGAAAAACAUCCCCACAGCAUGAUGCUGCCACCACCAUGCUUCACUGUAGGGUUGGUGCCAGGUUUCUUCCAGACAUGACGCUUGGCAUUCAGGCCAAAUAUUUCAAUCUUGGUUUCAUCAGACCAGAAAAUCUUGUUUCUCAUGGUCUGAGAGUCUUUAGGUGCCUUUUGGCAAACUCCAAGCGGGCCGUCAUAUGCCUUUUACUGAGGAGUGGCUUCCAUCUGGCCACUCUACCAUAAAGGCCUGAUUGGUGGAGUGCUGCCAAGAUGGUUGUCCUUCUGGAAGGUUCUCCCGGUUCAUAGUCACCUCCGUGGCCAAGGCCCUUCUCCCCCGAUUGCUCAGUUGGGCCGGGCGGCCAGCUCUAGGAAGAUUCUUGGUGGUUCCAAAAUUCUUCGAUUGAAGAAUGAUGGAGGCCACUGAGUUCUUGGGGACCUUCAAUGCUGCAGAAAUGUUAUGGUACCUUUCCCCAGAUCUGUUCCUCGACACAAUCCUGUCUCGGAGCUCUACCGACAAUUCCUUCGACCUCAUGGCUUGGUUUUUGCUCUGACAUGCAUUGUCAACUGUGGGACCUUAUAUAGACAGGUGUGUCAAUCAAUUGAAUUUACCACAGGUGGAACAUUUCUAAAAACCUGUUUUCGCUUUGUUAUUAUGGGGUAUUGUGUGUAGAUUGAUGAGGAUAUAUUUUUUUUUAAUCCAUUUUAGAAUAAGGCUGUAACGUAACAAAAUGUGGAAAAAGUCAAAGUGUCUGAAUACUUUCCGAAUGCACUGUAAAUUAAGAUUGAUCUCUUCUUGAAUUAACUCCUGAGUUGGUUCAAGUCAAAUGCAACUGAAAUGUAACUUCUGUGACCACUAUGCAAUUCUGACAUUCAGUGCAACUGAGAUUAAGUUAAUAAACGCAGGUACUGAGGACAGAGCAGUCAAGGUUAGCUAACCGAUAGAAUUGGGUUUAAGUAUUUGGGUUUUAACUCCUAUUGAAGGCUAAAGCACAGCUAACGAAGCACAGGGCAAAUGUGCCUAUAUGUCCUGACAACAAUAUAGGUCCUUACAACACUUAGGUCCUCACAACAUCCCUCGCAACAACGUACUGUACAUCCUAACUGACUGAGCAUGUCUCCCUACAGAAUCUAAAGCGGUGUGUAAGCUGGGCCGGUCAGCCUCUACAUCGGGGGUUCCUUCCCCGUGCGGGACGCCCCAGCACCAGCCCUCCGAGCCUCAGCCAGGCUAUAGUCAGGUACCGCCGCAUACCACCACAGAAUAAGAGAGCGAGCUAGAAAGAAAGUGUGUGUGAGCCCGUGUGGGGCCUUUGUCUCCGCCUCUCUGUGUUCACCUGUGUGUCGGCUGUCUGACCCCAUCCCCAAAUCGUCUGUUCCUCAACGCGUCCCCCGUCCCCCCGUCACCUGUCCCCCCACUCUGUAGCUAGACCCUUGUUUUGUCUCGUUCUGUAUUGCAUUUAUCCAGGGGCACUCUGCUCAUUUGUGUUUUGUGUUUGUGGAGACAUCUUUCUUCAUCCUGUGGUAUUUCAAGUUGAUGGGUAUACUCAUAUAUACAGACAUUUAACCUCAGUGAUAUAAUCAUCUGUUUCCAUCUCAGGACGAGGAGCCAGGGGAAGCUUUCUCCCUCCCUCCUCCUUUUACUUUUACCACUAUACCUACCUGACCCUACUUCAUUUAGCUGGCCCUUACAUUUAGCUGGCACUUCCCUUUGUACGCUAAAUAAAACUUCCAAUUUACUGGAACCGUACCACUGUACUUUGACCUUACCUCCACCUGUGCCUUUAGCUGGCCCGUAACCUGGACUUGAUCUGGUCGAUAACUGGCACCUUCAAUUGCCCCUUUUCUUUUACCUCUAUGACCAUCCAUGCGAUAACCUGACCCUUUGAUCUAUACAUUGACCAGCACUUUGACCUAUACCUUGCAUUUUAACUGUUCUAACUGUCUUUUCCCGUGCUUUUAACUGCUUUUCUCCCUAGCAGCACUGUCAGUUCCCAAGAUAUGCAGUUUCUCCUCUUCCCUUCUAAAAAUGACCAAACGUGACUAAUUUCAUGUUUGAUGUAUGUAUAUACAGUGCUGUGAAAAAUGAUUUGCCCCCUUUAUGAUUUUCUCUAUUUUUGAUACUGAAUGCUAUCAGUUCUUCAACCUAAACCUAAUAUUAGAUUAACAUUUUAGUCAUUUAGCAGACGCUCUUAUCCAGAGCGACUUACAGUUAGUGAGUGCGUACAUUUUUCAUACUGGCCCCCCAUGGGAAUCAAACCCACAACCCUGGCGUUGCAAGCGCCAUGCUCUACCAACUGAGCUACAGGAGGCCUUAGAUAAAGGGAACCUGAGUUUACAAAUAACAAAAAAACAAUAUAUUAAUUUUCUUUCUUUAAUUAACAAACACCCAAUUCCCAUGUGUGAAAAAGUAAUUGCCCCCUUACACUCAAUAACUGGUUGUGCCACCUUUUGGUGCAAUGACUGUAAUCAAAAUCAAAACCUUCCUGUAAUUGUUGAUUGUUGAUCAGUCUCUCACAUCACUGUGGAGGAAUGCAGUGUUUGGUUUUCGCCAGACAUAAUGGGACCCAUCUCGUCCAAAAAGUUGACAAAAGUUUGCCAAGCACCUGGAUGAUCAAGACUCUUGGAAGAAUGUUCCAUGGACAGAUGAGUCAAAAGUAUAACUUUUUGGACGACAUGGGUCCCAUUAUGCCUGGCGAAAACCAAACACUCCACAGUAAGAACCUUAUACCAACGUUCCAGCACGGUGGUGGUGGUGUGAUGGUUUGGGGAUGCUUUGCUGCCUCAGGACCUGUACGACUUGCCUUAAUAGAAGAAACCAUUAAUUCUGCUCUGUAUCAGAGAAUUCUACAGGAGAAUGUCAGGCCAUACGUAUGUGAGCUGAAGCUGAAGCGCAGCUGACCAUGAUCCAAAACACACAAUCAAGUCUACAUGAAAAUGGUUAAAAAGCAACACAUUUGAAGUUUUGGAAUGGCCUAGUUAAAGUCCAGACCUAAUCCCAAUUGAGAUGUUGUGGCAGGACUUGAAACGAGCAGUUCAUGCUUGGAAACCCACAAAUGUAGCUGAGUUAAAGCAGUUCUGCAUGCAAGAGUGGGCCAAAAUUCCUCCACAGCGAUGUGAGAGACUGAUCAACAACUACAGGAAGCAUUUGGUUGCAGUCAUUGCAGCUAAAGGUGGCACAACCAGUUAUUGAGUGUAAGGGGGCAAUAACUUUUUCACACAGGGGAAUUGGGUGUUGCAUAACUUUGUUUAUCAAAUAAAUGAAAUAAUUAUGUAAUUGUUGUGUUAUUUGUUCACUCAGGUUCACUUUAUCUGAUAUUAGGUUUGGGUUGAAGAUCUGAUAACAAAAUAUAAUAACAAAUAUGCCAAAAUUGAGAAAAUCAGAAAGGGGGCAAAUACUUUCUCACGGCACACAACAUAUGUGGAAUUUUUAUUGAGAGCACUUUGUGUUUGUGUAUGCUGUUGUUUAUGGAACAAGUUUUUUUUUUCUUCUUAUAUCUCUUCAUGAGUGAUCAACCAUGCUUGAACAUGUCACAUUGAUGUAUACAUACGUAUCUCUCUACACACAACACACACACAACAAGCACGCACGCACGCACGCACGCACGCACGCACGCACGCACGCACGCACGCACACACACACACACACACACACACACACACACACACACACACACACACACACACACACACACACACACACACACACACACACACUAUGACAGGUCACCCAACCAUUUGCACGACUCAGAACUAAGCUACCCAGCCUUCUUCAUUGUCACUCCGCAGUUCUUAGAAAAAGUAGUCUAACUAAAAACAGAAGGCCUAUCCUACUGAAAGUAAUCCAAUCAAAACAGAAGCCAAGAAAAUAAAACCUUGUAAAAUCCUUCUGUCAUUCCUCCAUUUCCGUGUCAUUUUUGUGUCUGUGUCCUUGUCUAUCUAUUCUGAGAAAAAGCAUUUGUUGUUAUGUGUGUUUUCAAAUGAAUGUCUCUCUGUGUGAAUGUUUGUGUAUUUGUGUGUAUGCACAUGCAGUGGGCCAUGCUUCACAAUUAGAUAAGUCUGCUUAAACUUGCUAUCUGAAUAAUUGAAUAUUUGAUUACCGUAAUGUCUACACUUGAAUUUAGUGUUAUAUAAAGCCUUGGUCAAUGAUGACACUGGGUUUUACUGUUAAUGGAAAGCAGGACAGUCUUAUACACAUCAAUACGUCAUAUAGUGUUAUACACACCUAGACUACGUAGGCUACCCACAAUAUAGACCUGCCGUUUUCAGACAAAAUCAACACACACUUCACAACCAACACAUUAUUUACAUUUUAGUCAUUUAGCAGACGCUCUUAUCCAGUGCAUACAUUUUUCAUACUGGUCCCCCGUGGGAAUCGAACCCACAACCCUGGCGUUGCAAGCGCCAUGCUCUACCAAUUGAGCUACACAGGACUGAGUAGCACUCACUACCAACUAUUUUCUACUUCUGUCUAUAACAUACACCUAGACCAUUGGUUCCCAAACUUUUUUUAACCGUGGCACACCUUGACGGGAGAAAAAGUUCUGUGGCACACCUAAACUUUUCCUAAUAAUUUAUUUAGUGGCAAUGACGUCCAUCUCAUCUGAUUCAUGCUGCAAAUAAUCCAUUUUCUGUGACAUUUGUUUUUCUUCAUAGUUUAAAUAGGGUUUAUUUUAACUAUUUUCAUAGUUCCGUACUCAUGUUUAAUUUAUGUGUACCCAUUUAAAAGCGUCCUGCAAAUCUCCUAUAGAAAGAAAAACUGGUAGCUCCGGUGAAAUAGGUCUUACUUUUGAACGGAAAGGUCUAGAGAUGAGAGGUUUUUGGCAUUGUAAAGGUGCAACCACAGACCCAAAGCCAUGCUCCAUUUGUUUCUUUGGCAGAGGCUGUGGUACUGCUAAGCAUUGUCAGACUUGCCUGUGCUAAUGGUUCUCACAGGAGAAGUAAAAUGAUACAAAUGACUAUGCUCGUUGUGCGCCCCUCAAAUUAUACAAAUGUAACAACAGCUCCAGCGCACUGGACUUGAAACAACGAUACAGAUGUAACCAUGUGUGUCAUUCAAUGUAUUAUCUGAGUGGCACUGGUGCUCCCAAGUCAAAAUCCCAUGUUCAUUCCACAGGUCACGUUUAGAGCGUUCCAAAAAAUUAUCAAAAUUAGGAAAAGUUUCACGGCACACCUGAGAGUUCCUCAAGGCACACCAGUGUGCCGCGGUACACCGGUUAAAAACCACUGACCUAGACUACUCACAAUUUGUACUCUUUCCAGACACCAACAACACACACUUCACAACACAUACAUCUAUCAUACAAAUACAGUGCCUAGUGAAAGUCUGCUCACCCCUUCCACUGUUGUCACAUUUUGCUGCCUUAAAAUUAAAUCUAAAAAGGGAUUCAAUUACAUUUUUCCCACUACAAAUCUACACAACCUGCUUCACAUUUUAAAAGUAAAAUAACAUGUAUAGAGCAUUUUGUAAAUGAAUAAAAUAGAAAAACUAAGAUGUCUUGAUUGCGUAUGUCUUCACACCCCAGAGUUAAUACUUGGUCUAAGGACCUUUGGCAACAAUUACACCUGUAACUAAUGUUGAAUAAGAUUUCACCAACUCUUAGUAUACAAAACAUUAGGAACACCUGCUCUUUCCAUGACAUAGACUGACCAGGUGAAUCCAGGUGAAAGCUAUGAUCCCUUAUUGAUGUCACUUGUUAAAUCUACUUCAGUGUAGAUUAAUGGGUAUGUGUGCCUUGAGACAACUGAGACAUGGAUUGGGUUUGUGUGCCAUUCAGCGGGUGAAUGGGCAAGACAAAAUAUUUAAGUGCCUUUGAACGGGGUAUGGUAGAAGGUGCCAGGUGCACCAGUUUGAGUGUGUCAAGAACUGUAACGCUGAUGGGUUUUUCAUGCUCAACAGUUUGCCUUGUGCAUCAAGAAUGGUCCACCACCCAAAGGACAUCCAGCCAACUUGACACAACUGUGGGAAGCAUUGGAGUCGACAUGGGCCAGAAUCCCUGUGGAACGCUUUCGACACCUUGUAGAGUCAGGCCCCAACGAAUUUAGGCUGUUCUGGGGGCAAAAAGGGGUGCAACUCAAUAUUAGGAAGGUGUUCCUAAUGUUUUGUAGACUCAUCCAUUGUUUGUUGUCAAAAUUGUUGAAGCUCAGUAAAUAUGUUUGGGAAUCAUUAUUGGACAGCAAUAUUCAAACCUUUUUAAGCAGUUUUAAUGUCAGGACUGAGAAUGGACCCUUCAAGAACACUCAACAACUCUUGGAAAGCCAUUCCGGUAUCUUUGGCAUAAACAUUUGUGUAAUUGUCCCACUGAAAAAAUACAACUCUAUUCCAGAGUUCAGAACAUCUAUUUAGAAGACUGAGGCAGGUUUUCCUCUAGCUUUUUACCUGGGCUUUGCUCCUUUCAUAUUCUUUUGAUCCUUACAAACUCCACAGCCCCUGCCGGUGACAAGCAUACCCAUAACAUAAUGCUGCCACCACAAUACUUGAAAAUACAAAGGGAUCAACAAUAUUACAUUCCCUCCACAUUACUGACCUGUAUGACAACGUGAAAAGAAGGAAGCCUGUAUUUAAAAAAUAUAUAUUUCAUCCAUUAUGUUUGCUAAAAGGCCCUUAGGUAAUACUGCAAGACAACAUGGCAAAUAAAUACACUUUUUGGCUUAAAAUAAACACUUGGGACAUAUCCAAUUAAACACAUCACAGAGUGAAACCCUCUGUAUUUUGAAGUAAUGUGGUGGCAGCAUUAUCUUAUGUGUAUGCUUGUCACCAGCAUAGACUGAUGAGUUUGUCAGGAUCAAAAUAAAUAUAUACACUACCGUUCAAAAGUUUGGGGUCACGUAGAAAUGUCCUUUCUUUCGAAAAGCAAUUUUUUUGUCCAUUACAAUAACAUCAAAUUGAUCAGAAAUACAGUGUAGACAUUGUUAAUGUUGUAAAUGGCUAUUGUAGCUGGAAACGGCAGAUUUGUAAUGGAAUAUCUACAUAGGCGUACAGAGGCCCAUUAUCAGCAACAAUCAGUCCUGUGUUCCAAUGGCACUUUGUGUUUGCUAAUCUAAGUUUAUUAUUUUAAAAGACUAAUUUAUCAUUAGAAAACCCUUUUGCAAUUAUGUUAGCACAGCUGAAAACUGUUGUGCUGAUUAAAGAAGCAAUAAAACUGACCUUCUUGAGACUAGUUGAGUAUCUGGAGCAUCAGCAAUUGUGGGUUCAAUUACAAGAUCAAAAUGGCCAGAAACAAAUAACUUUCUUCUGAAACUCGUCAGUCUAUUCUUGUUCUGAGAAAUGAAGGCUAUGCCAUGCGAGAAAUUGCCAAGAAACUGAAGAUCUCAUGCAACGCUGUGUACUACUCCCUUGUAUGUAUUUUUGCUAAUUUAUUGAAAAUGAAAUACAGAAAUAUCUCAAUUACAUAAGUAUUCACACCCCUGAGUCAAUACUUUGUAGAAGCUCCUUUGGCAGCGAUUAAAGCUGUGAGUUUUUCUGGGUAAGUUGCUAGAGCUUUCCACACCUGGAUUGAGCAACAUUUGCCUAUUAACUUUUCAAAAUUCUGUUAAAAUGGAUGUUAGUCAUUGCUAGACAACCAUUUUCAUGUCUUGCCAUACAUUUUCAAGUAGAUGCAAGUCAAAACUGUAAAUCAGCCACUCAGGAACAUUCACUGUCUUCUUGGCAAGCAACUUCAGUGUAGAUUUGGCCUUGUGUUUUAGGUUAUUGUCCUGCUGAAAGGUGAAUUCCUGAACCAGGUUUUCCUCUAGGAUUUUGCCUGUGUUUAGCUCCAUUCCAUUUCUUUUUUAUCCUGAAAAACAAUUCAUUAACAAUUACAAGCAUACCCAUAACAUGACGCAGCCACCACUAUGCUUGAAAAUAUGGAGAGUGGUACUCAGUAAUGUGUUGUUAUGCAUUUAUAUUCAGGACAAAAGGUUAAUCGCUUUGCCACAUUUCUUUGCAGAAUUACUUUAGUGCAUUGUUGCAAACAUGAUGCAUGUUUUGGAAUAUUUUUUUAUGUACAGGUUUCCUUCUUUUCACUCUAUCAAUUAGGUUAGUAUUGUGGAGUAACUACAAUGUUGAUGAUCCAUCCUCAGUUUUCUCCUAUCACAUCCAUUAAACUCUGUAACUGUUUUAAAGUCACCAUUGGCCUCAUGGUGAAAUCUCUGAGUGAAAUUCACUGCUCGACUGAGGGACCUUAAAGAUAAUUGUAUGUGUGGGGUACAGAGAUGAAGUAGUCAUUAAAAAAAUAUUGUUAAACACUAUUAUUGCACACAGGCUGAGUCCAUGCAACUUAUUAUGCGACUUGUUAAGUACAUUUAUAUUCCUGUGUGGCUCAGUUGGUAGAGUAUGAAGCUUGCAACGCGAAGGUUGUGGGUUCAAUUCCCAUGGGGGACCAGUAAGAGAACAUGUAUGAACUCACUACUGUAUGUCGCUCUGGAUAAGAGAAUCUGCUAAAUUAUGUAAAAUUGUCAAGGUGUCAGUGUAAUGCGGUAGGACGAAGUCAUUCGCAGGACACAGAGCUACUCGAAAAACGUACUUUACUCGUAGGUAUCUUAAUGAACAUACCUCCACGCAGGGAGGAACAAACCCGCUCACAUACGACAAACCAAAACAUGGACAAACACGCACAACACACAGUGUGAGCCAGAGGGUUAAAUAGGGAAGACAUAAUUACAAGAUGGGAAACAGGUGAGACCAUUACAGACAAAACAAGUAGAACAUAGAAACAUGGAUCGGUAGCAGCUAGUACUCCGGUGACGACGAACGCCGAAGCCUGCCCAAGCAAGGAGGAGGGGCAGCCUCGGCUGAAUUCGUGACAAAAAUGAACGUAACUUAUUUAGGUUUGCCAUAACAAAGGGGUUGAAUACUUAUUGACUCAAGACAUUUCAGCUUUUCAUUUUAAAAUGUUUUGAUAAACAUCAUUUCACUUUGACAUUAUGGGGUAUUGUGUUUAGGCCAGUGACAAAAAAAAUCUACGUUUAAUCAAUUUUAAAUUAAGGCUGUAACACAAAAAAAUGUGGGAAGAAGUCAAGGGGUGUGAGUACUUUCUGAAGGCACUGUAUGCAAUCAGUACAUCUAUGUUUUUGCAUUUGUUAUUAAUCUAGACAUUUUUUUCUAUACUUUUUCUUCACUUUGAACAUGUGGAUCAGGUUAAUUUAAAUCCCUUUUUAAAAUGUGAUAGCUGUGCAAGGGGUGUGCAGACUUUCACUAGGCACUGCACAUAUUAUUCACUGAGUUUAUUACACUCAACUUACUUUGCCAGUAAGAUUGCACAUGUCUGUUGAUAGAGACGAAUUACACUCAUAGUCUCUCUCUUCGAAUGCUACUGUCUGUCUAUGGCAACACCAACAUUCUGGGCAACCCCCCCUCAUACCCUCUGUCCCCCACCCCUCCUCACCCCAGAUGAUCCCUCCCAUGCCGUGGGCUUGCGGAGACAACACCAUGAUGGAGAUGAUUGAGAAGAAGCGCAGCCUGUGUCGGGAGAUCAAGGCCCGCCGGGGGCCAGCAGACAACAACCUGUGUAAGCAGGACAGCAUGCCCAUCUUGCCCAGCUGGAGGAAGAGCAGCAAUGGGACCAAGAAGUAUGGCGGCCCUCCCCCUUACUCCACACAGACCACUGUCUUCUGGGACACAGCUAUCUGA